AUGUCCAGAAGUUCAUGUGCAGACGUGAAGGUGUCCAAACAGAAGAGAGAGACACUUCCUGUUCAGGUGAAAAAUGUUCCUUUAAAAUUAUUCACAUGGUAGAAAAUGUGAACUUCAGGUCGUCUCUGACUCUUCUGCACGCUUGAAUCUCUUUGUUCAGAGUUUUUCAGCCUCACAUGCAACAAACACGCUGCUGACCUACCUGCUGCUGCUGCUGGAGGCUCGAAUCAAAAUGGCGUCGCCCCAGAGGAGCGGGCUCGCCGUCCUAUCCCCCUUAGCUCCUGUUGGGGAGCUGCAGAAUCAAAGUGGUGCUCCUUGA